AUGGUCUGCGGGCUCAACAAGUCUCUUUAUGGACUGAAGCAGGCUUCUCGGGCUUGGUACUCUCGGUUCGCCACGUUCUUGCUAACAUUGGGGUUCACCGAGGCCAAUUCUGACACGUCUCUCUUCGUCUACCGCUGUGGGGAUGAGACUUCCUAUCUGUUGCUCUACGUUGAUGACAUUGUGCUCACAGCCUCUAGUCAGCAGUUGCUUCAGCGUGUCAUCUCCUCUCUGCAGCAGGAGUUUGUUAUGAAGGAUCUCGGUCAGCUCCACCACUUCUUGGGCGUCACUGUUGAGCCUCGCCCGUUUGGUCUUCUCAUGCACCAGCGGCAGUACGCACUCGAUAUCCUGGAGCGGGCUGGGAUGACUGAUUGCAAGCCCUGCUCCACUCUUGUUGACACUCAGGCGAAGCUGUCCGCUGAUCUGGGUGAUCCGGUGGCUGAUCCUACUGUCUACCGGAGUCUGGCUGGUGCUCUGCAGUACCUCACCUUCACCAGGCCGGACCUCACCUACGCUGUCCAGCAGGUCUAUCUCCAUAUGCAUGAUCCCCGGGAGUCUCACCUUGCUGCGCUGAAGCGUCUCCUCCGCUACGUCCGUGGCACUGUGGACCUCGGCCUGGUACUUUACCGCUCGUCCUCUGUUCAGUUGGUGGUCUACACCGACACUGACUGGGCUAGCUGCCCGGACACUCGUCGCUCCACUUCCAGCUACGCCGUCUUCCUGGGCGGCAACCUGGUCUCCUGGUCGUCCAAGCGGCAGCCGGUUGUCUUUCGCUCCAGUGCCGAGGCGGAGUACCAGGCUGUUGCUAACGGCAUAGCGGAGGCAUCCUGGCUAUGA